AUGCGCAGCAUCAUCCAACAAGCCGCUUCCUCCAAAACCCUCACCCUGACAAACACACCCGUCCCAACCCCAAAUCAUGAACAGGGAGAACACCUAAUCCAAAUAAAAGCCUGCAGUCCCUGCGCCGGCGAACUCCUCUGGCCAAAGAACUUCCCGCCACCAACAGCGCGCACUCUAAUCCCAUGCCCGGACAUGGCGGGAAUCGUCAUCUCGGCACCGUCAGACUCGCCCUUUCAACCCGGCGAUGAAGUAUACGCGCGCACAAACUAUAUCCGACCAGGGAAUGCGCGCGAGUAUUCCAUCGCCGUUACGGACGAGCUGGCACACAAGCCGAAGCGUCUAAGCUGGGUGCAGGCUGCUGCGGUUCCUGUCUCCGCGCAGACGGCUUGGCAGGUUCUUUUUAUCCAUGCUCUUGGUACCCCUGGAAAUGGCAAUGGGGGAGAGAUGGAUAUGGAGGCUGCCAAGGUCGCUUGGGCGGGAAAGAGAGUUCUUGUUACUGCUGCUUCUGGUGGUGUGGGUAUUUGGCUUGUGCAGUUGGCGACGAUGCUUGGUGCGGAGGUGGUUGGGACGUGUGGUUCUCGGAAUGUGGAGCUUGUGAGAUCGCUUGGUGCGAAGGAGGUGCUUGAUUAUCGGGUUGUGGACUUGAGGGAGUGGGCUAUGCAGUUGCCUUCUAAUAAGGUAGAUGUUGUUGUUGAUUGUGUUGGAGGGAAGGCUCUUGGGGAUGCGUGGUGGACUGUUAAGGAUGGUGGUGUUGUGCUGAGUAUCUAUCAGCCACCAUUGCAGGUCUGUCCGGAUGGGAUUGAGGGGGUCAGUGUAAAAGAUUUGUUCUUUGUUAUGCAGCCUGUGAGGAGACAGUUAGAGGAGAUUUCGAAGUUGGUUGAGCAGGGGGUGUGUCGGGAAUUGGUGGAUAGUGUCUGGCCCCUUGAGCAGUAUGAAGAGGCAUUCAAGAGACUGGAUGGAGGACAUGCGAAGGGGAAGAUUGUCUUUGAUCUGUCGCUGAAUCACUAG